AUUUUCCCGAUAGGAAAGGCUCUACAUCUCGAAAUAGUUCAACUAGCAGUCUAUGCAUUGAUGUAUCCAGCACAAAUAAUAUCCUUAACAUUUUGUAUCCUAGGCUGAGAUUUUCCCUAUGCAGGCAAGUGGACAGGGACUGCAAUUUUCUCGAGCAGGAGAGAAUUAUGGAUUACAGUCUUUUGGUUGGGAUUCACUUUAUACAAAUCUCACGUACUGGCGAACCACGGCCAACAAUGGAGGCUAGUAUUUCCCAAGUGCAAAGUCCUAGUGGGAAUGGAGACGAAGGCAGUGAAGAAACAGCUCCAGAGCUAUCUAGAUUAGGUAUGAACAUGCCAGCACGGGCUGAACUGGCGACAAGAAGAAAUGAUAGUGAGCUUGUAAUGGAACCAACCGGGGAAUACUAUGAUGUCAUUCUGAUCUUGGGUAUAAUUGAUAUAUUGCAAGAUUAUGAUAUUAGCAAGAAGCUUGAACAUGCAUACAAGUCGUUCCAUUAUGAUCCAAAUUCAAUAUCUGCAGUUGACCCGAGCCAGUAUUCUAGGCGUUUUCGUGAUUUCAUAUUAAGAAUCUUCAGACAAGACACUACUUGAAAGUUGUAGGAACAUGUAUUUAAUGAUUCAGUUCUACUGCAAAUGUACAUGAAGAAUAGAAGAUGUCCAAUAUUUUUGUUCCAGAAGUUGAGGAGAGUAUACAGAUUCCAUUGGAAGCAAGGCAUCGUGUUUAUACCUUUCAGAAUUUUGCUCCAAAAUAAAAUCUAAUGCGCAUGUAGUUUCUAACAAAUGAUGCUUGGAUUGGAUACAAUUUGUUUAACAUAUUGGAUCAUGUGUAAAGUCAAGUUGAUUCAACUUUUUUUGUGAAUAAUGCUUAGUCAAGAGAGAAAGUGACAGGAAUUUAGUCAUCUUUUCCUAUUUCAGACUCUCUCCAAAUUUAUGCAACUUUUUUUUUUCAUGAA